AUGUCCUCUGAUCUUGUCUGGCUUUUGACCAAGAAGUCCAACUCCUUCCUCGUCAAGAGAAACGGUGCUGAGUUCUCUCGCGAGAAGGGCAACCUCCUCAACAAGAACUCGUACAAGUUCUCUGGCAUCGCCAGCGCCCAGACCAUCGGCAUUGCCCAGGGUGCCAAGGGUGUCACCCUUACUCUGACCAAGACCAAGAAGGCCAACCACCCCAUCAAGGCCACCACCGAGGUCGUCUUCAAGACCGGUGUCCGCGGUGCUGCCAAGACUGUCAAGAAGAUCACCAACACCUACCGCCCUGAUCUCCAGUCUGCUGCCCUCGCCCGCCUCAGCCGUGUUGCUCAGUCUGGCAAGGCCAACUAA